AUGGGUGUUCAUUCAUUCUGGGAUAUCGUCAAUCCAACAGCUAAACCAGUCCGGUUGGAUUCAUUACAAGAUAAAAAAAUGGCGGUCGAUGCAUCCAUUUGGAUUUAUCAAUUCUUAAAGGCAGUUAGAGAUGAUCAAGGGAACGCUGUUAAGAAUGCACAUAUCGUUGGAUUCUUUAGAAGAAUCUGCAAAUUGCUAUAUUUUGGUAUUAAGCCUGUAUUUAUUUUUGAUGGUGGUGUGCCUGUCUUGAAGAAAAAUACUAUUAAAAAGAGAAAAGAACGAAGACAAGGUAAAAGAGAUAAUGCUGCAGCUACAGCUAAAAAAUUAUUAGCUGUACAAUUACAAAAGAAAAUUAAUGAUGAAGUUCAUCCAGAAAAUCUAUCAGCUCACAAUGCAGAAUCUGCUACUGUAGCUUCUAAAAAUAAAUCGUAUACAUUACAGGAUGAGUGGCAAUUACCUGAACUUUCAGGAUUCCAUUACGAUGAAGAUGAUCAAAGAGUUAUGCCUACAGAAACCUUUGAAAAUGUUAUUAAAUCAAUCGACGACGAGUUGGAUCAUAUCGAUUUAGAUUCUAUUAAUCCAGCAUCAAAGGAGUUUGAAGAGUUACCUAAAUCAUCUCAAUAUUUGAUUCUUUCGACAUUAAGAUUACGAUCCAGAUUAAGAAUGGGUUAUACUAAGGAACAAUUAGAACAAAUGUUUCCUGACAGUUUAGAUUUCUCUAAAUUUCAAAUUGAUAUGGUUAGAAGAAGAAAUUUUUUUACUCAAAAAUUAAUUAAUACGACAGGCCUGCAUGAUGGUGGAGCUUCCAAAUUAACUGAUGAUGUUAUAAAGAGAAUAUCUGGAAAAAAUGAUAAAGAAUAUAAAUUAACCAAGACAGAAAAUGGUUGGACUCUAGGUUUCGGUGAGUUUGAUGGAACAGAGGCAAAAAAGGCCAUUAAUCUUGAACCUGAUUCUAAUUCAAGUGUCCUAAUUGACAGAAAAUAUGAUUUAAAGAAACUGUUUAAUACAAAAAGUAUUGGUUUAACGAACUCAAAUAGUGAUAUCCAAAAUGAUAUUAAUAAUAAUAACAAUAUUAACAAUAGUAAUAAUGAUGCUGCCAAUGGAAACGAAGAAAAUGAUGAUGAUGAGGAGGAAGAAGAUUUUGAAUGGGAAGAUGUAGAUGUUAUACCUAAAAAAAAGGAACAAAUAGAAGAUUUUUCAAUUAACGCUGCCAGGCUCUCUCAUACACAAAAAUUAAAAAAUGUUAAUGAAAAUUCUUUACGUGAUAACAAUUCUAUUGCUGGUAGCCAGGCAUUUUUAGAUAAAAGAUAUGUUAGUAAUAAAUCACCGUUAAAAGUGACACCUUCAAAAUUGUCCUACUAUAUUAUAGAUGAGUAUGAACAAGAAGAAUCCUCUGAACAUAAUAGUAAUAAUAGUAGGAAGAAGAAAUUUGUUCAAAAAGAAGGCAAAAAUGAUAUUAUUAUUAAUAAAUCUUUGAAUAAAAUUAAGAGAAAGAUUAAUUUUGAAAAUGAUCUUCUUGAGAAUUCUAUGGAUCCAAAUAUUUCCAUGUAUGAGAAACAACACACAAUCCGUAAAAUAGAAUCACCCUCAAAUACUAUUACGAGUAACUCAAUGAAAAUAAUCUCACCCCAUGAUAGUGAAGAUGACGAUUAUCUAGAUCAAUUAAAAGAAAUUGAAAUGAUUGAAGAUUUUCAAACUAAGAAACUUGAAGCAAAAAAAUGCAACAUCCAAGAUCUACCUAAACGCAAGGAAGAUAUUUCUAUAGAUACAAAAAUCGAUAAUAAGAGGCUACCUCUUGUAACUCAUUUUUCAAACAUGCCAUCUACUAUGGAAGUUCCUCUAACUGAAAAUCAACAGAAUUUGAACUUUAUAGUUAGUAAAAUACCAGAUUUCUCUUCUAAUGGAGUUUCUUUUUUAUUCCAAAAUAACGUACCAAAGGAAACUCAAGACACUCGCUCUACAAAACCAAAUAAGAAGCCACACAUGGAGGUUCCUUCAUGGUUUGAAAAUUCAUCUUCUUUGAAUUCCAACCAACAGUAUAACCCAUAUAGUACUACCGAAUUUGUACAUGACAGGGCAGAAGAACAACAACUAGCUUCUAAUGGAACAGAGAAGAGGCAUUAUGAUCUUGUAUCAGGAUUUACAGCGGAACAACUCUUAGAAAAAAUUAAAUGCGAACCAGCUAUCAAUGCUAAGCAUGUCGUUGAUUCAGAUAAUAGUUUAGAAGUAAUAGAAAAUUCAAAUAGCCUGGUAAGCAAAAGCGAAGAUGAUAAUGAUCUUGAGAUUAUUGAACCUAAAGCGAAUGCUGAGAUUAAAAAUAUUAAAAAUAACGAAAAUACUAGUUUAAGCACUGAACCAUUGAUUACAUACCAGGAACCCGUUGGUAAACCUGUAGAUUCAACUCUUUCUAUUAAUUACAAUACCCAAUCUAAAAAUAUUCAUUCUGAAUCUGAAUCAAACAAUAUGGCCUCGAAGCCAAUGGUAUUUGAUUAUGAUUUUUCUGAGGAUGAAGAAGAUGAAAUAUCUGAAAAUAUUAGAAAAGAAAAUGAUGAUUUUAAUGACCUAAGAAAUAAGUUACAAGGAGAUAAUGAGAGGGUUACUGGAAAUGCAUUUUUAGAAGAUGAAUUAUUUGAGCAGCAGAUGAAAGAUAAAAGAGAUUCUGAUGAAGUUACUACAGACAUGAUUCUAGAUGUACAAGAAUUACUAUCACGAUUCGGAAUUCCGUUUAUAACUGCUCCUAUGGAGGCAGAAGCACAGUGUGCAGAGUUAAUAAAUUUAAAACUAGUUGAUGGUAUUGUGACAGAUGAUAGUGAUGUAUUUUUGUUUGGAGGAACAAAAGUUUAUAAAAAUAUGUUCCAUGAAAAGCAUUAUGUUGAGUAUUAUGAUAAUGAUGUUAUAUUCCGAAAUCUUGGAUUGGAUCGAGAGUAUAUGAUUGAAUUGGUAGAAUUACUAGGUAGUGAUUAUACUACUGGUAUCAAGGGUAUGGGCCCAGUAUCGAGCAUGGAAGUCUUGGCGGAAUUUGGAAAUCUAAAGAAUUUUAAAGAGUGGUAUAAUGAAGGACAAUUUGAUAAAUCUAAGCAAGAAAAGGAAAACAAGUUUCAAAAAGAUUUGAGGAAAAAACUAGUUAAAAAUGGUGUUAUAUUUGAAAAUGAUUUUCCAAACUCAUUGGUAUCAGAUGCUUACAUGAACCCAGAAGUAGAUCAUGAUUCAACAGCUUUUAAAUGGGGGGUACCUGAUUUAGAUAUGUUACGAACGUUUAUGAGAAAUAAAAUUGGUUGGCAAAAGGAAAAAUCCGAUGAGAUUUUAAUACCUUUAAUUAGAACGAUUAAUCAAAGAAAAAUUCAACAAAAGCAAAGAACUUUAAAUGAAUUUUUCCCAAAUGAAGUUUUGGGACAAGAGAAAAGAUAUUCCGCCAGCAAUAGAAUGUCAAUAGCUACAAGCAAAUUAAAAAAGCGUAGAUUGAAGUAA